AUGGCUGCCAAAUGCACGGGUCGCCUUACAGGCUUCCUUGGAUUCACUGGGCCAUUGACUAAUAAGCGUAAGGAAUACUCUGAGAGGAGGAUCAUAGGGUACUCCAUGCAGGUGGUGUCAAAUCUGGAAGAAUACAAACAGUUUGUGCCUUGGUGUAAAAAGUCCACAGUUAACUCCAAGUGUACUGGAUAUGUUAAGGCAGAGCUGGAGGUUGGCUUCCCACCCAUCCUGGAAUGGUAUAUCUCCGCCCCCCUAGUGUGCCCUUAUUUAGUCAAAGCUGUUUGUACGUAUGGUCAUCUUUUUAACCAUUUGGAGACCAUUUGGCGCUUUAGUCCUCGCAUCCCUGGUUACCCUCGUACGUGCACUGUAGACUUUUCAAUAUCCUUCGAGUUUCGGUCCUUGCUGCAUUCCCAGCUGGCCACUGUCUUUUUUGAUGAGGUAUUGAAGCAGAUGGCAGCCUUUGAGAGACGAGCAGGGAAGACCUUUGGUCCCGAAACACCAAUUCCCCAUGAACUGAUGUUUGAUGAAGUACAUCAGACGUCAUGCCCUCACAUCAGCUGUACUGUCUAG